AAUCUCGACUGACGUUAACUGUGAGCAGCUGUAAUACUGACAGCUACAUGUAUACCAUCAGCACAACAAUUACUUCAUGUUUACUCGAAUAAAAUGAACUCCAGGUGUCAGGAGACGUGAGAAAGAGGUUUGCUGAGGUUUCUUUUGGUCUUGUAGUGUAGUAAAUGCGAUGUACCAGUAGCGAUAUAGCUGUCUAAAGUAGCAGCUUAGCGCAGCAUUGUUGUUUGCAUCGCUAACGUUAGUUCAGUUUCAUAGGGACUUUGUAGGAGCAUAGAAAGGCUUGAUAGAGCACCCCUCAGCAGCCUGAGAGAAUCGUAAGUGCCGAAAUUCACUCGUGUUUGUCUUGAGAAGACCUUUAUUUGUGCCCGUGCAUCAGUAUGGGGAUGUGUUUGCCAUGUCUAAGCGGAGCUGAGGAUGAUGUGGUGGUCACACCAGACCCUGAGACAAGAAGGAGACAGUUGGCAGAUGCUGCAGAGAAGCGACAAAAAGAGACGACCCACAGAGGCAUCAAAAACCCAGAAGCCUUGGAAAGGAAAAAGAAAAAACAGGAAGAAGUGGAGAAAGAGGCCAUGAACUCGUUACCUUCUGGAGGCGGUGGGCUAAAGUGGCAGCUUGGCUAACACAGGCUGAAGGGAGGAUCAACCUUCAUCUGCAGUAUUUCCCACUGACUUGAGAGAUUCUUGAAGCAUUUCUGUCCUUGUUCUUGUUUUGAAGUGAUGCUAGAAGAGGAGAGUGUAGAGACGAGCUUUUUUGCCAAGCUCUUAAUCCUCCAGGCCUUCUGAUUGGCCAGAGUGCAUUCAGGCCACACCCCUUUAAAUGCCAAUAUACGCUAACUAGCAAUGAAUGUGUUUUAUGCAAUCUAUUCAGAAUAUAAUUUAUGUUCAUCCAUCAUUUUUACACACCAACUGCUUUUAUACCGAGGUGCUUUUAACAUAAACCCUUAAAUAUACAAGACCUGAAUGUUAGUAUAAUGUACAUUUAUUCAACAGAAAAGCAUGUUGUUAUAAUUUACUCCAUAUUUAGCUAUUUAUUACACAUACACCAGAGUGUUUACCAGAGUGCUUUGGUUGGAGGAUCAUAGCUUUAUUGAGAUGUUGCUUAUUGCGUUUUGAGAUUUGCUGUCGACUGUAUAACAUGUGGGAAAUGAUGUUUGAUAUUUAAAGUGGUGGAUGAAGGAUCUUAUUUGAGUUGUGUGAGCACUUUCACUGCCCGUUGAUUGUAUACCUUGCUGUUUUCUGGAGUUGAAUGUUUCUUAUCAGAUGGUCACUACGAUUCUAUCACACUUUCAAAAGGGUUGUACUGUUUUUGUCGAAAACAUUACCUUGUUUUAACUCAUCAUAUUUUUUCUGGGUUGUGCAGCUGUAACUUUAAACCCGACUUCAAGUCAAGCUAAGGCUCAUGGAGUAUCUCUUGUCAGUUACACUAUGUAGCAGCUUAAGAUAUAGGAAUGCUUGUGUGAAAUAUACAGUUCAUACUGUAUCUAUAGAUAUUGAGCUUUUCAUUAUUGCUUUUUUGAUAAAACUUAUAUUUCUUAAGCCUAAAACAGCUUAAUAUUUGUUACAGAGAAACACAGUUUUGCACCAAACGUAUCAGUCAAAAUAACUUCUACUGUAUGGUUUCUUUCAAAAUGUUUUGUUAAAGGAAUGAUUUACCCAAAAAUAAAACUUUUGACAUCAUCUAC